UCACUCCGCCGUCACACCUCUGCCUCCUCUGCCUCCCGCUCCGCGUCCUGCCCGCGCUCAUCUCGGGAUUAAUCUCGGGAUUAUUCCGGGUGUGGGAAGCGCGUGCAGAGAGCCGCCCGGGGCAGGCAGGGGGUUCCGGGGGUCUUCAGGGGUAUCUGAGGGGGUUUGGGACGGGGCGGGUUCUCUGAUGCACACGCCGCCCCAGCGCAGCGUCCGUCAGGCGACAUGAAAGCCGUGAGCCCGGUGCGGCCCGCGGGGCGGCGCGGCGGCGCGUCCCGGAGCAAGAGCCCGGCGGAGGGGCCGCGCAGCGCGCCCCCGCCGCUGCUGCAGGACAUGAACCGCUGCUACCGGCUGCUGCGCAGGCUCGUGCCCAGCCUGCCGCCCGGCCGCGCCGCGAGCCGCGUGGAGAUCCUGCAGCACGUGAUCGACUACAUCCUGGACCUGCAGACCGCCCUGGACUCCGGAGCGGCCGCCGCCGGGAUCCCGCGGGACCGCUUCCACCACCUGGACCCGCAGAGCCCCGCGACCCUCAGCUCUGACGUCAGCAUCCUCACCUUCCAGGCGGGUGACUUCCCCAGAGACUCGGAGGUGGAGGAGAGCUGGACGCUGCUGCGCUGACACGGGCUCUGAGGCAGGACGCGGCGCCGCCCGGUCAGCUGACGCCCGGCCGGCCAAUCAGCUGCUUCAUGCCAGAGCCUCUGACGCCUGAAAUGAAAAAAACAUUAAACAAAUUUUGUCAGUUUUCUGCUCCGGCCUGCAGACGAGCUCGUUCUGACAGC